AUGCAAUCCAUCAAAGCACCCGACUUCCUGGACACCGGGGCCGCGUCCCGUUCGCGCAGCCCCAGCGUCGUUUCUACCGAUUCGCAGUUUUCUCGAGUCAACCUCAUGUCACCACCGUCCGUAACGCCGUCCCCAGCGUUCAUCUCGCCAUCUGCAGCUUCAGAGAUCAUCUCUGCCGACCAGGAGUUCAAUGCCGCCGAUUUUGUCGCUGAGGAUGAGGAAACCGGGACCGGUGCCACGGCGCUGGUGACUCCGGCCGCGCUAUCGCUCCUGAACGGAUUCCUCGAUAACCUCUUAUUUAAUAUCCUCGCUUCGUCCAAGUCGACCCAGCUCGCAUGCAUUCGACCCGCCAUGGCCGAGGUACUGAAGCCCCGCCUGGCCAAGGAAGUUGUGGCCUCAGCUGAAGAAGAGUUGAGCGAAUAUAUGGGCGGAGCGGACGAUGAACAGACGGAAUUCCGCGGUGGCCAGGAGCCCGGCGGUGAUUUUGAUCUAGUACGCUCAUGGAAGUUAACCCGUCUACGCUGCAUGGUCUACACACGACUGGGCGACAUGGAAGAGGACGACGAAGACGAGUUUAUCGCACAAGAUAGACUUGGAGAGACCGAUGGAGCGCCCCGCAGAUUUACCAGUCAUGUCGACAAUAUUACACCUGCAGCUUCUAUUUUCCUUACCUCGAUCAUCGAAUACAUUGGCGAGCGCGCACUCGUCAUUGCCGGCGAGACAUCGCGAUCACGUUUGUCCGCACAGCUCAACAAUGGCGAUGAGCUGAGUGGGUCUGGAGAUGAGCGCAAAAGAAUCGACCGACUUGUCGUGGAAGAUCUCGAUAUGGAAAAGUUGGCCCUGAAUGCCACCCUGGGUCGCCUGUGGCGUACGUGGAGGCAGCGCAGACGCGGAACCACUCUUUCUCGAACGCUAUCCCGUGAAUCGUUCCGCCCACGGGGCUACUCCCUGGCAAACAGCCGAAAGAGCAGCAUUGUGACCAUUGAGGAACCAGUGACUCCCAAGGAGCCUCUCCCGGUGGCGAUCCCCCCGCCUUUAGACCCCGCCACUGUCCCCUUGCCAAUGAGUGAUUACGAUGUUCAAGAGAUCGAGGUCCCGGGCUACAUUGGCGAUCUAGAUGGGGAGGUGCAAACCAUGCAGGCCGUUAUCGCUCACAAGGUGCGACCGCGUAGUCUGAUGGUGUUUUCGUCGCCCUCGCUUGUGCCAAAAUCUCUAGGUUCAGUUAACAGCUCACCCGUGAGUGCGUCGGCUAUUGAACCCGGCAAAUCAUUCCGUCAUGUUCGUACGAGGUCUCUACCUAAUGAGGCACCCACAACCAACUCAGCUGAGGAGGAGCCAGAGUCGCCGACAGAACACCCAUCACCCACCGCAUCGGAGAAAAAGCAACUCGAGACUAUGUACGAGGAUGAUGAAUCAGCAGAAUAUGUGGAUGCAGCAGAAACUACUACCCCUAGCAUUGCUGUCAAGACAGAACAUGAAGAGACACCGUCUUUUGAACCUGCAGAAGAAGCUUCCGAAAAUACGAGAAUGUCGAUCUUGCAUGAAGAAGAAGAGGAGACGCCUCCUGUCAGCCAGAUGGUUGCAUCCUUGCGCGCUAUCGCACAAGAUGAAGACGCUAUGACCGAUCAAUCCAAUAGUGCUCGCGUCUCCGUCGUAUCCUUGGACGAUCGGCCGAAUCAGAAAGACCCAGAAGUGAUUGAGGGCACUGGAUUGUGCGAAAAGCCUAAAUUGACUUCGACGAUACAACGACCAAAACGACAAUCCUCCAGGGAUGUCAGCCUACUGAAUGCAAAGUCGAUCUCUGAGCAGACUAGCGAUUCUGGAAUGCAAGCCGUUGCGGAGAGUGAGUCUUCAACGCAAGGGGUCGAGACCACGCCGGCUCCACCCGCACCCCCCAUCGAGGCUAUCACAUCUUGUAUCGAUCACGAUGCGACCGAUAAUCAGAAUAAUAUGACCACGACCACCACCCCUCCGGCUCGGCCAACAGAGGCAUACACCGAAACGGCGAAAUCUUCAAAAUCUCUCCCCGUCGAUACCACUCGCCCGACUUCUAGCUCAGGUAAUUCACAGCGAUCGAAAACUCGCCCCAGACCUGCUCCGUUGGAGGUCACAGCCAGCAACAGAAGCUCCCCUGCGUACGCCUCCGCCUCCACAGUUGAACGAGCCGCUGUUCAGCGCAUGUCUCGGCCAUCCACAUCGGCGUCUUCACCUAUCAUCCCUAAAACCCGUCGGUCUGGGAGCUUCGGCAGUGCUCGCGAGAAUACGCGUCCAGUGACUGCUGGCUCUGCCACAUCGCACGUUUCUAGCAAGUUGAAGGGUCUCAUGGGUCGACCACUGGGUGAAUCUGGUUCGCCCCGCAUGCGCAGCUCGUCUGAAACCAGUCGCGCAUCUGGGAGCGUAGACUCUGUAGACGACGAUAUUGCCGAUUUGGACAAGUUGAUCAACAGUGAUGAGACUAUCCAUUACACCCUUACUCCGCGAAGUGUGAGGGAGAUGACCUUACCUGACUUGCCCAACCGAUCAGUUCCUCGAUCGGAGACGGCAGGCGUCUCCGACCUGGCUGAGUUCUUAAAUACAACCGCACCACCGGGAGAAGAUAAACACCGUCCUCACGCCUCUGUUUCCUCAAAAGCAACUGGAGAGAUGACUCCAAUCUCGCACACCAGAUCCAUUGAGUCACCCAAGCACAUCCCGCUUACCACGCGCUUGACCAACAUGUCAUCAACGUCGAGGUCUAGCAAGAUUGGACAGGCGCGGGAUGCGCGAAUCGCACCCUCCGAUUCGACACGCGACUUCGCGGAAUUCAUGAGAUCGACUGGCCCUGCUAGUGGGCCAAACGAGUCUAAGACCUCUCUCUCUGCCGAGAGCAUGCGGCCUGUUCGUGCUCCAUCAACUCUCUCCACUGCCUCACGUGGAAACCGACCUAAGCUUCAAGCUCGGUCUGCUGAGACGAGAGGAUCUCAGACUUCUGAUCUCAUAGACUUCAUUCGUGAGGGACCUCCUAUGCCUGCAGGUGCUCACCGGAUUCCUCGGACAGUUGCACCUUUCCGCAACACAAUUGAUUCGGAUGAUCUUCGUCUGGAUAACACCACAUCCAACUCUUUCGUGAGCACUGGUAAUGGAUCCACGCCCAAUAAAUCCUUGACAUCUCUUGGUUCGCGGUCCGGCUUGCUGGAUUCAAACCGAAACAAGGCUCCAGCAUCGGGAAGCGCCACAGACUUCGACGAGCCCCAGCCUGUUCGGAAGCAACGCCGUGCUCCGGAUCCUUACGCCAUUGACGACGAUGACGAUGACGCGCUUCUAGAAGAGCUUCUGGAAAAGGAACAAAAUCCCAAGCCUAAGCGCGAGGAGGAGAGCUUGAUGGAUUUCUUGCGCAACGCUCCCCCUCCCUCCGAACAAACCCCACAGCCAUUUGCAAUUAGUUCUCAUGCAUCAAAUGGUGCAUCUGGCAUGAAGGCCCGCCUACUCCGCGCUUCUCAAAACUCCCUGCGCACACAAAACGCCCCUACCAAGGUCCAGUCCGACUACUCUGCCAAGGUUGGUCAGGAGCGCAACAAUGGCACCAUGCCUUCUAUCUCAAACCGCCGGACCGACACCGGUGAUUUGGCGGAUUUCCUCCGAAACACCGGGCCUCCGGGCCCUACGCGAUCUUCAUCAACACCAAUGGGCUCUAAAGCGAAGGACGGUGGCUUCUCCCGUUUCUUUGCGCGCCGAAAGAAGGUCGAGGCCUAA